CGGUGGUGGUGGUGGUGGUGGUAGUGGUAGUGGUACGGGCGAGUUUGAGUACGCUACGGAGAAGGAGCUGGUCGUCGGCAAGGGCGGCAGCAACAACAGCAACGUCACCAGCAGCAACAACAACAACAACAAUAACAACAACAACAGCAGCAGCAUCAGCAGUACCGGCAACGCAGGCAGCGGCAGUUCCGGUGGCAACAACAACCACUACGGUGGCAACAUCAAGGGCGAACUGUACGGGGGCAUCGGUGGGGGCAGCACCGGCGGCAGUGUGAAGCACGGUGCGCCCAAUCAAUCGGCCGCCAAGGGGGGCGGCAGCACCGUCCCGGACGGGUACGGCUACUACUACAGCAAUCAACCGCCGCCGCUGACCUGCUCGCCAACCGAAACUCAAUCUGCUAUCAGCGCCGCGUUGGGCAACGGGGGUGGUGGUGGUGGUGGCCAAUCCACCGGUCUUCUUCUGUCCGAUGAGGACGACACGCGGGACGAGCGGCUGAAGCGGGAGGUUGCCGGUGCGGGACCGACCCCACGCUGGAUGGAGCGCAACUACUGCCACCUGUCCGUCUCGCACUACCCGUCGACCGGGCCCAAGUCGAAGGGAGGCGGGCCGGGGGCCGGUGGCGGCAGCACUGGUGGUGGUUCGAUGAUGCAGCCACCGAAGCGGGCGGGUGUGGUGGGGUCCGGCUCCACCUACAAGCCGGUGAGCUGCUACAACAUGGUGCUGCAGUCGCCGCUCGAGGACGAGAGCGACAUGGAGGACAAGCUGAAGUACUUCAACUACCAGCACGAGAUGCAGACGUACAACGGUACGCGCAAGGACAAGCUCGGGCUCGGGGGCUACGGUGCGCUCGGGGGUGACGGUGGGGCCGCCGGUGAGGGUGAGAUCGUUGUGCUGAGCAGCAAUGCCAAGGAGCACGGCAACACGCUGUCGGUGGCGCAGCCGAAACAGCAGGACCUGCCGGACGAGGGGCCGACCGCCCGGAAGGGGCUGCUGCACCUGGGGCAGAAGCUGGAGCACGGACCGCACGUGGGGCUGAGCGUGGCCAGCCCGAGCGUGGAGCAGUGCGAGCCCUCGGUCGACUUUGCCGACAAGCUGCUGGGACACUAUCCGGCCAAGCGGGACGAGGGAGAGCCGGAGUUAGCGGAGAACAAGUCCCAAAGCACCGGGUCGAACAUUAUUGAGUACGACGGCUCGCCGCGUCGGUUUGGCCUGAACCUGUGUGACGAAAGCGACUGCUACCUAGCGUCCAGUGUGAAGAUAAACCUGACGUCACCGUCACUGCUAUCGCUACCUCGUCCCGGAUUCCCCCAGCGCGUAGUACCCGCUACAGUCGGUACUGCCGGUAGCGGCAGCAGUAUGGCUGGCACAGUCGCUCAAACGUCCUCCACCAAUGCCAGCUGUUCGCCUUCGCUGUUGGAUCAGGUCAACUCCACCCUCAGCAAGACGCUGCUGCUCGAUUCCAAACGAUCCGCAAACGAUACCGAAUGUACGAGCAGCUACGGCGCUGGAGAGCUUUCCAAAAUUUCCGGGACGCGCAAGGAACAGCAGCAGCAGCAGCAUCAGCAGCACCACGACCAUCACAUCUACGACAUGCUGCCCGGCAAGCUAUCACCGUCCGAGAUGGGCGGCAAGACGAGCCUGGAGAAGUUGCAGCUGAGCGCCCAAACGCCCGAGAACGAGCUGCAGCACAUCGGCGGUUCGUCCGGCUUUCCGCCGAUCGCCAACUCCUCCACGUUCGACUAUCUGUACGAGUUUUCGGAGACGCGCAAAGUGCUGGAGGAGUUCUUCAAGUGCCCCUCGACCGAGGACGUGGAAAAGUUCAGCGACUACAAUGACAGCGCAGAGGAGGAGGACGAGGAGGACGGGGAGGAGGAGGAUGGGGAGAGUCUGGACGUGCACUACGACUAUCCGGUUGAGCUGGAGCGCUCGAAAACGAUCGAAACGACGUACAUUGGCAACGUGAAUGGGGCGGCAGGCAAGCAGGACACGCUGGUGCGUUCGCCCAAGUCGCCGCUGCUGGGCGAUGGGUCGGCCCGCCGGGAGGAGGACGACGACACGGCCGACGUGGAGGACGAGGAAGAGGAGGAGGACGGAGAGGAGGAGGACGACGAGGACGACGCGAAGGCUAACGGGCUGGCGAAGUACAGCUACAAGCUGAAGAGCAAAUCGACCCGCCUGUCCGACUACUGCGGGCUGCGCAAGAAGAAAUCGGACGCCCAUCUGAAAGGUCAUAGCGGUGGCAACGGCGGUUUGGGGGUGGUAGAUGUGUCGGAUCGGUACUGCAGUGCGGCCGAGUACGACCGGCGGGAAGAUGACGGUGUGCGGCUGUCGCUAAAGUCCACCCUCCAGUCGGCUAGUGAUGCGCGCGACUACGCCAUGUACGUGCAGAGUGGCCUGCUGAAGAGCUAUCCGGAACAGCAGCAACAGCAGCAGCAGCAACAGCAACAGCAGCACCAGGCCGAACCACCGAACCAGCUACCCAAUCAGCAUGCCAACAUGGGCGAGCUGCGGUUCAGCGCGUACAUCAACGGGGAGAGCCGCACCAGCAGCUACGAUGCCAUCAACGAGGCGAACUACGACGGCCAUCCGAUGAUCUCGAACGGCAGCGACAAGGACCCGCUGCACUACUCGCUCAACGGGGACGGUGGCGACGGGCGCAAGGUGUACGCGCGCAAGUACAGCAAAAACUUCAACUACUCGCCCGACACGACCGACUACGAUUCCAACUGUGGCGACUACGAUAGCGAAAUCUCGCCCCAGUACGGCAGCGACUUCGGGCUGAUCUCGGGCAACGGGGCGACGAUGUGCGACGAUCUGAACAAUGGCGUGAUCAGUGCGACCUCGGGCGCACCGUCCGGCCCGGGCGAGUCGCUCAACUGUCUGUUCGCGAACAACGCGAACAACUACACGCGCUACUACGCCGCGAUGCCGGUGCUGGAGGACGGGCUGUCCAGCGGGCACGUCUCCGACUCGGAGAACAAUCUGAGCGCGAACCCGAUGACGGGCCUGCUGCCGCCCGACCUGGUCACGGUCGGCAGCGUCAAGCAGCACGGGCAGGCUGGCAGCAAUGGCGGCAUGAUGCAGUCGGCCGGCCCGGCCACCGGCCCGUACGGUUUGCUGGGCGCACAGUCACCGUCCGUUACAGCGAAGCCAUCGAUAUCCUCGUCACCUAGCAUGUCGAAGGAGCUGAAAGCCGCACAAGGUCCACACGUACAACAGCAACAGCAGCAGCAGCAGCAGCAACAGCACCAACCACAACAGCAGCAACAGCAGAACCAAGGCACGAACGUGGAGGGCUACUUCGUCAACAACACCUUCCGCAUGGGAAAUCUCAAGCUAAACUCUAGUAUGCUGCACAACGCCAGCAUAUUUAAGAAUCGCGACCCAGAGCUGGAGUCUCUCUACACCAUAAAUACUAUCCAAUCGACACCGCCACCUCCAGCCCCAGCACCGCACAGGAAGUCUUCGAUCGAUUGUGAUAACAUGUCCCUGUUGCAACAGCAGCAGCAGCAGCAACAACAACAACCGGGACAGCAGCAAAAGCAACACCAGCUGCAACAUCUACAGCAACUUCAGCAGCAGCAACAGCAAUCGCAACAGCAACAGCAGCAGCAAGGGCAACCCCAACAACCGCAACAAUCACAGCAACAGCAGCAGUUCAACCACGGCCAGGCGACCAGCGCCGACGUGCAGUCCACGCUCAAGGACAUUCGGCUGUGUCUGCAGAAGACAAAAAGCCUGAACCUAGCUAGCGGCAACCAAUCGCGGAAAGCGUUCGACAAGGGCAGUCUGUGCGCGACCGGCGACUUUCCCGACCCGCUCGGCCCGGUGGGCAGCGGGACGGUCGGAACCGCCGGGAGCGGUGGCGGCGCUGGUACCGGCCCGAGCCUCUCCCCGAUCUGGAUACCGCGCACACGCGCCAGCGACGACUUUGCCGGCAAACCGCUCGCAGGGGCAACGGGCCCGACUGCGGCCAGCGGUGCUGGAACGCUGUCGAACGGGCUGCAGCCCGGGGUCGGAGUAUCUGGGCCGUCCUGCAAGCUCUCCUCCUCGCCAGUGUGCUCUAAACCGGUGGCCGUCGCGGGGCCCGAUUUUGCCGACGAGACAGACGUGCUGAUCGGGCAAGGUUCCGGUGGGCCAGCCUCGAAAACGCUGGCCCUGGUGGACGAGGACGAGGACCCGGACACCGAUCUCGAAACCGACCGGCUGCUCGGGCACCAGCGGCUCGACGACCAGGGCUUCUACGACGAGAGCGGCAGCGGCAAGCUGUGGAGUACGGGCGAGCGCAAGACGGGCGCCUCGCGCCUGCUCACCCUCGGCAAGGUUUCGCCGAAGCAACAGCAGCAGCAGCAGCAGGGCGCAUCCCAACCGGCCGGUGUGGCCGGUGGCGCAGCGCGGGAUACGGCCGCGAACGGGAAGCUGCCAGCCUCCGGUCCGCUCGGCGAACGGCUCACUGGCACGGUGGGAGUGCGCAACGGUCCCCAGCCGAACGGAAGUGCCGGGGGAAGCAGCUUCCUUCCCGGGGGUGGCGGCAGCGGCAGCUCGACCGGUAUGGCGGGCACUGGCGCCAGCGUUCCCCUGCCGGAUCUUGGUAUUGCGGCCUCGGCGUCGCUGCCGCCAGCGUCCGGCGCGCCCAGUACGGCGAAUGGUGGCGCCGGCGGGACGGCUAGCGCCAAGAGCGCCAAGCCGCCGAGCGGCAACCUGAUCAACUUCAACGGUCCGAACGAGCCGCAGACGCAGCUGACGUCGCCGAAUCCGAGCCCGCAGCACUCGCUCGGCGAGGGCAACCUGCUGGACAAGUCGAACGAUUCCGGCAGCCCGGGCGGGUCGACCAAAUCGAAAUCGCUGCACAACAACGACUCGAAGCGAAAGUCGAAGAACAAGGAGGUUCUUAUUGAAGGUGUCCUGUUCCGGGCCCGUUACCUAGGAUCUACCCAGCUCGUGUGCGAAGGACAGCCCACAAAGUCGACCCGCAUGUUGCAGGCAGAGGAAGCCGUAUCUAGAAUAAAGGCUUUGUCACCGGACGGUGAGGUUCAGCCCAGCACUGAGGUCGACCUGUUCAUCUCGACCGAAAAGAUCAUGGUGCUGAACACGGACUUGAAGGAGAUCAUGAUGGACCACGCGCUCCGCACCAUCUCCUACAUUGCCGACAUCGGCGAUCUGGUGGUGCUGAUGGCCCGGCGCCGCUUCGUGCCGCAGGACGUCGACUCGACCGACUCAUCGGGCGGGGCGGGCACCGGCUCGGGCACGCACACGGCCGGGCACGGGGCGGGCAGUGGCAGCACGCCCUCCCAGAAGCUGGCUGGCGGCCCGAAGGGCAACCGGACGCCAAAGAUGAUCUGCCACGUGUUCGAGAGCGAGGAGGCCCAGUUCAUCGCGCAGAGCAUCGGGCAGGCGUUCCAGGUCGCGUACAUGGAGUUCCUGAAGGCGAACGGAAUUGAGGACCACAGCUUUAUGAAGGAGAUGGACUACCAGGAGGUGCUGAACAGCCAGGAGAUCUUCGGCGACGAGCUGGAGAUAUUCGCCAAGAAGGAGCUGCAGAAGGAGGUGGUGGUGCCGAAGGCGAAGGGCGAAAUACUCGGCGUGGUCAUCGUCGAGUCCGGCUGGGGCUCGAUGCCGACGGUCGUGAUCGCGAACCUGGCGUCGGCGGGGGCGGCCGCCCGCUGCGGCCAGCUGAACAUCGGCGACCAGAUCAUCGCGAUCAACGGGCUGAGCCUGGUCGGGCUGCCGCUCUCCACCUGCCAGGGGUACAUCAAGAACACCAAGAACCAGACGGUGGUGAAGUUCACGGUCGCGUGCGCGCCGGUCGUGGAGGUGAAGAUCAAGCGCCCGAACACCAAGUACCAGCUCGGCUUCAGCGUACAGAACGGUGUGAUUUGCAGCCUGCUGCGCGGAGGAAUUGCGGAGCGGGGUGGUGUUCGCGUCGGCCACCGCAUCAUCGAGAUCAACAACCAAAGCGUCGUCGCGGUACCGCACGAAAAGAUUGUGAAUCUCCUAGCCACGUCUGUUGGUGAGAUACUGAUGAAAACCAUGCCGACGUCCAUGUUCCGACUGCUCACUGGACAGGAGAAUCCGAUAUACAUAUAAAUUUGUCAUUUUUGCUCGCAAGCGGCAGGAACCACCGAGCAGGAGGCCUACGCUUGCGGGAGGCAGAUGUUUUGCAGGAAGGGAAAGAAGAAAUAAAAAACACACACACACAAACACAGACACACAUUUACACACAGACAACGUUCCAAAGCUAUGUGUGUACACGUUAUGAUUUCUCUGUAUGGGGUAUACAUAUAUGAAGAAAAACGCGAUUAUCUAUGUGUGUGUGUAUAUUUAUAGCAAUCUUUUUGGAAUUGAUUCAUAACCUUGGCCUUGCAAACUUACAUAAUUAUCGUUAUGAAUAUAAUAUAUACAAACAAAAAACUCACACACACACACGAACACACUCAUGAACACUCACAAGGGUACACUAACACACAUAAUCGCAGAUCACAAAACGCUUUACGCCAUACGUAACCCAAAAAAGAAACAGAUACAUACCAGGGUGUGCGGAGACGCAUAGUAUAUGCCCAGGGCCUCAAUACACAUUAAACGCAAAACCUUGGCUUUACAUAAUGGCAUUUCACGAGUACAUGUAUAUCGUUGGGUUUAACAAUUAAAGAAGGCAACAACAGAAACAAAAAAAAAACGCAAGGUAUUAAACAGUAUAGCUUUUGCAGUUUUGAUGGUAGCGAGACCGGAAGCCACAAGAUAACAAGCCGUACAGAGCAACAGAAAAGAGAAAAAAAAUUGGAAGCUAUAGAAUCGAGUUGAAGCACAAGCAGGCAAAAGAAAGAGAGAAACAAAUACGAAACACUUAUCUAUCGAAACAUUUCACUAAUGGAGCAGAGCUAGUAGAGGAACAAAGAAAAGCACAACACAAAAAAAAAACAAAAAAAAACAUCCAAACCGAUGAGACCGGUGCAACAACCAAAGAGAUACCAUUUAUUGUAACUACCUUAAUGGGGCAAGGCAAAAUAGGCAAGCUGAAGGCAAGGCAGAGAAUGAGAGAACUUGUAGCGAACAAAAAGCAAAACAAGGAAACAAUGAAGAAGAAGAAUCUCAGAAACUGAUAUAUUUUUUGAAAUCAUUUAAAUAAGCAAAAUUAAGCUAAAACUGCAACACUCUGAAAACCAGGAACGCAAACAAUGGUACGCUAGAAUGAGCAAAAGAAGAAAGGCAACACACACAUACGUACACACAAACAUAUACAUACUAACCAGCAGCUAGCAAGACCUUCGUAGUGGGCGAAAGAGAGAGAGAGAGAGCGAUAAGCUUAGUGGCUUGGUUGUGGAGCCGCGAACACGAUGACAUGAGCUAUGAGAACCUUGAACCGGAGAGCGUAAACUCACUAUUGAUCUGGUUCGCCAUUAUACUUUUUCGAUGCUACUCCGUUGUGGUGACCGAAGGCGAUAAUUUUGUUUAAAAAAAAGUCAAACAAAAUGACACACAAACAUACGCACACCACAAAACCCAGAGCCGUCGAAAGGGAAGGCAAAGCUCGAACGUCUAUCGAUGCAGGUGGGUCCAUAUUCCCACUGCUUCAUCCAUAUCGCUUCUGGAGGUACAAAACAGCCCUCAUCGUGGAAAAGUACUCACCGGCUACUUGCGCUCCAUUAUAAUAAACAAGCAAACAAAACACACUCACACAUACACACAAAAAAACUACUCUACUGUCCAUAUAUUGUGUAAAGGGAUUUAUAUCGGUGGGAGUUGUUUAAGAUUGAAUGGGUUAGCUGUCCAUUUAAAGGCAAUAUUGCGACUGGGGUGUAGCGACAGGUAGUAGCUAUGCCACUGGCACACGGUCUACAAUGCGUGGGUGAUGACGUGACGUGAGAACAAGGCUAGCAGCAAGGAACCACAGUAGAAAGAAGAAACUUUAAACACCGUCCUUAAGCAGAAGAGAAAACGGAGCCAGUGACAGACAGCACAUAAAACAAGUAAGCAGAAAAAACGCGGAAGAAACAUUAAAAUGCUCAUACCAAAAAGGCAAUCGCACAGCAGUGAAAGAGGCCGGUCGUUACAGCUCUCUUACAGCUUCUGUUAAUCUGUUAAUUACGAAUAUCUACAUGUCUUCGGUUAGCAACUCGCCCCUUGCCGAUAAACUCUGUAUCCUUAGAGGUCCUAAUGCUGGGCCAACAAUGUUUGAGGAAGCGGUAAAAAGUAUUACACACAUUUUGGUGGACGGGGAAAUGGAAAUGAAAUUCUAUGAAACAUUUCUUUGCAUAACGCUAUCGCUUUUCGUAUGCCGUGAACAGUAUUUGCUUUCGACUUUCGACUAAUUUUAUUAAACUCUGUCUCACUCUCACUCCUUUUCUCCAUCGUGUUUGUUUUGAUUCGCAUGUUUUUUUUAUACACUCCUAACGUAACGCGUCGCGUAACGCUGUUACGAUUUUGCGACUACUAGGCCGGUGGCUAUAGUGCAACCAAAACAGUAAACCGUUGCAAACGGCCGACGGAAUGUCAAGUUAACUGCUGAAACGUUGCGCAACGUUCAACCAAGACAUUGCAGUAGCAAGCAAAGCAAAGACGCAACAGAAAGUAAAAAAAAUUAAACAAACAACCAAAUGGCCGCCUAUUUACGAACCAAUGGUUUGACAAUUGUUUUCGGAAAAAUGAUUUUGGAUAUUUACUUCUGCAAUUUGUAAAAAAAAAAAAACAAACAAACUAAACAACACAUUUGAGGGUGUGCUGUGUCUGAACAAAAUAAUAUGAGUAAAUAUUAGAUAAAUGUAAAGAACAAAACAAACAAAACCAUGCAUACAACUAACAUACACAUAUACACAAAAAAACAACCACGCGCGCGCAAAAAAGAAGCAAAGAAGCAAAAAACACAAGGGAAUAGUAGCAAAAGGCGCAAAAGCAAACGGGCGAAAAAAGGACAAAACAAUUGGCCGCGAUUACACGAAUGAAGCAUGCAGCAAAAUUUAAACAAAAAAAAAAACAACAACAAAUAAACAGCUAAUCAAAUCAAUUAAACAAUGUAAUAACUUAACUGUCAUCUUGUGUAACGUAUAAAUACGGCGUUUGAUAGCUACUAACAAAACCAAAACAAAAAAACCGAAUGCGUAUUUAUCACUAAAACAAAACAGAACAAAACUACUGUAUAUUAGCAUGGGCUGAAAUAAAUAUACAUAUAUAAAACAUA